AUGUCGAACCCAAAGACUGCGACGUACUUGAAGAACGAGGGUAAUGCAUUAUAUGUACGGGGAGAUUAUGAAAGAGCGUACCCUGCAAUGAUAGUCCUGGCAAAAUUCCCAUGCAGUACCAGUUCUUGGAAAAGGGCGGUUGCCACUCUGAACAAGGAUAAUCUGACCUUGCGACAACGGGAGGAUUACGAGUCGUGGCUUAGCAGUACGAGAUCAGAGUGGGACAAAAUCAUCGCGAAGAAGAAGAUCGUUCUCUCCAGUCUCAGCGUAUCCAAAGGAGGUUUCCCUUGGGACAGAGCUUUGGCGCUGCAGCCAGAUCUUGCUAGACUGGGAUCUGAGAAGCAUGCAAGCAGUGCAUGGGUUAUCAGCGGCGCGAGUCAUGAAUUUCGCGAAGGUGUAAGAAUUAUGCGAUUAUUGCCCAAAGUCGCUGCUGAAGGACCCGCGGAGUAUAUGGCCAUGCCAAAUGCCUUGGACUGUCUUGUUAGCGGUAUCUUACGCGACGAUCGUGUCUUCUACAUAGACGACUCGAGCUGGCUGGCCGAGUUCAAUCAGUUAGUCACCUUCGAGACGGAGAUGUACCAAGCUCGGUCAUCUGAACUCUCGGCAGUGGUAAUGGAGGAAGCUUACAAGCGCUGGCGGAAAUCGGGUUGGGAUGCUGUUCGUCCAUCACUAGCCAAGACUGUUCGGCUCUGGAUAAUUCGAGGCUUCGUAGAGGGUAUGAUGCACCAAGAUCACAGCCUCGCCACGGAGUUCAUUGGUCGAGCCCUGGACACGCUAGACUGGGGUCGUCGGACAUGGCCUGAUGUAUCCGAAGCUGACAAAGGGGUGGUGUUUUCCCAUACGUUCACUCGAGGCGUGCGAUCGUUAUACCUAGAGAGUCUCAUGAAGGCAUUCGUGGAUCAUUAUGGAGAGUACUCAGCAGAGUCCCUGACCGUCCUCUACGAAACGGCCGAGGAGAUCCUUCGCGACUUGGAGAUACAUCCUUUGGUUCGGGAUAACAUCAAAGACUACGAUCGAGGAUUCGAGUCAUCUUUCACCGUGUACCCUCGCGGCCGUGCCCUUCAUGCUAAAGCCUUCUAUUACCGGCAAUUGGCUUCGGUCUUAGAAAACGCGACAAUGCAACAGCGGGAAGGUCAUCGUCUACAGGCAGCUAAGAUAUACCUCGAAGCUGCCGACUGUUACCCUGUCGAUGAUGAGAACCAUGUCUGGAUGCUAAAGUGCGCUGUCGAAGACCUCCGUCUCUGCGGCUUACAGCACGGCCAGAUCGCGGGAAUUCUGAAACGCAUUAAGUCUGCAAUACCCAAGAUGAAACGUAUCUGGGAGUACUCUACAUUGGCACUGAAUGGCAGGAAUAGCGCGAUAGGUCAAGUCCUGGACAUGGAACGAAGUGCCUAA